GAAUAUUUCCCGGAGACGAUUACUAACUGCAGCAAUUAGUGCACCUAGCAGAUCCGCUUAGCGAUUAAUAGGUCAUCCAGAAACUUGCAGUUACCACCAAUAUGCUGAGACACGUAUUUAGUUCGAUAGGCAGCUUCCUAUAAUUAGUGACUCUUUGGACAUAGAAAACGGUAUUCCUUAGCACUACCACAUACAACAUGAUACUAGCAUUUCCGUUUGAACUCUCAAUACAUCAAUUGUGGCGCAAUGAACGAAACCAUGAAAGCAGUCGAUAUCAAAGGGGGUAGGGGACCCAAGGAAAACCUGCACAUCAGGUCAGAUAUGCCGAAACCCAUUCCCGGUGAAGGAGAGGUGCUUGUGAAGGUCAAGGCGUUUGGCAUCAACAGAAUGGACACAAUCCAACGCAUUGGGGACUACCCUUUACCGCCACAAGCGCCCAAGACCCUUGGUGUUGAGUUCAGCGGCACCAUUCAGGCAUUCGGCCCGGGCAGUCAUGGCCUGUUCAAACAAGGGGAUGAGGUUUUCGGAUUAGCCUAUGGAGGUGCCUACGCUGAAUUCAUCGCUGUGAAUCAUCAAAUGUUGCUGCACAAGCCUACGAGUUUGACAUGGGAGCAAGCUGCCGGGAUUCCUGAAACUUGGAUUACCGCUACACAGGCUCUUUUCCUCGUCGGGGAAUUUGCUGCAGGCAAGACAGUGCUCUGGCAUGCUGGGGUAUCAGGCGUCUCUAUUGCCGGCAUCCAACUUGCCAAGGACGCUGGCGCAGCUGCUGUGUACGCUACAGCUGGAUCCCGCGCAAAAUGCGAUUUCGUUGUCCGUGAGAUUGGAGCAACAGCAGCCUUUGAUUAUAAAACAGAAGACUGGGUGGCACGUAUAAAGGAGACAACUAACGGUAAGGGGGUGGAUGUUAUCAUUGACUUCAUCGGUGGCAGUUAUUUUCAAAAGAAUCUUAACGUUACAGCCUAGGACACUUACAUCGUCCAAUUAGGCUUACUUAGGGGAAGUAAGAUUAACAAUACAGAUCUUGAGCAGCUGCUCUAUAAGAGGAUUCGAAUCAAGGGAAGUACAUUACAAAGUAUGUCAGAGGUAUUAUAGUACUAAGUAGAGGAGUCCACAAAUAGCAUAGUUAGGGGUUA